AUGUCCUCGUCGAGUAUAUCACAUCUCUUCGAUCAUUUCCGCCUCCCUGUUGAUGCCGACAAUUUCACAGGCCUUAAUGGAGAAACUUAUCUGCUUCCAUAUUACCUCCCUCAAAAGCCCCCGUUCACCCAGCCAUUGGGCUCACAGGUCCUUAUUCUUGAUGCAGACACGCGGCCGUUAGAUGAGCCUGGAGGUAUUUUGAAUGAAACAUGGGAGGGGUUGACAAGUCGAUGGCAAUCAAUGAGUGGGCAUACAUACGGACGACUCAACCAUUACAUGUGGGCCAAAAUCCACGGCUACGACUAUAAAUUAGUCACUGCAGAAGAUUACCCCCACAUACACGGAACCUGGUGCAAAGUCUCCGUCAUGAGAGAAGCGAUAGAGCACUACAAGUUCGUCAUCUUCCUGGAUGCAGAUAUAGUUCUCCCCCAUCUCCAUGUCCCACUGGAAUGGCUUCUGAACUACUGGAACAUCAACUCGGAGACUCUCAUCGCCAUGGCACGGGACCCGGCAGCCGAUAUCAACAAAGACGAGCGAGGCCAAGUAUUUCUGAACACGGGAUUUGUGAUUGCGCAACAAAGUCUGCGUACCAAGGAGAUGUUCGAAGCUUGGGAUAAUUGUCUGAAUGGGACCCGGUAUCCGGAGUGUCACCAAUGGGGCGACAAGUGGCCACAUGAACAGGCAGCUUUUGGGACAUAUCUUCGGUAUGACUUUAACCGGACAGAGGACGUAAAGGCUUUGCCUUGUGCAGAGGCGAAUGGGUCUCCUGAGGUGGCGGAUACGGGAUGCUUGGGCAAACUCGUGCGGCAUUAUUGGGCUACUAAACAUCUGGUGCCGUCCAAAGUGCAGGAGGGUAUCUUGCGAUUUUUCAUGCCGCAUCUGCAUGAUCAAUUCUUGCAGGAAUACGAGAAAGUCGAAGUGAAAUGGGGUGAUCGAUUGGGAAAGCAUGAGGAGUAG